CAGGAGGAACUGUACGGGUGGAGUCAGCACAACGAUCCCUCAGCCUUUGACGGCCUCUUUUCAUUCACAGCGGGCAAAUUCGCACCACUCAAUGUGUUUGAGUAAUGAUGCUAUUGGUCUCCUUUCGUUGUGUUUUUUAUUGUUUUUGUUUGUAUUGCGUUCUGACUAAUGUUGGCUCAUCGGCAUCUAAGGUGAGGCCCUCUGGAUGGCACCUGUAGCUGAGGUAUCGCAUUCCCCUUGAUAGGGCUCUCUUGGACCUUUAAUGGCUGCAUAAAGCAAAACCCUUUUGGGUAGAGUUUUGCGUGAAGUUCCUCUAUAUUUAAGGGGUCUAGUCUUCUGCAUUCCUGUAAUGAAUGUUUUCUUUUUAAGUUCAAUACCAUUGUUUAGUCAGUGCUUUUUCUGGAGAAAUUAUUGCGCUCACUGACCAAAUCUAAACCUUAACUCCUUAUCCGGGCAUAAUUUUUCUGAUGGCUUUUGUCUGGCGCAGGGACCAAGAAAAGCAUAAGGGCUCCAAACAUUCCUUCAUUUGUAGAGUUUUCUACAGAAACCGCUAUAGGGCACACGAAUGCUAGAAUCAUUCAACUGCCAUGUAAAUUAUAGUUCAUACGUGGGUUUGUCUGAUCUUCAUGCUGUGGCUUCAAACAUCUUUGGGAUGUUGUUUAUCACACUUUCUUUGUAAUUUUCCAAGCCCUCAUAGUUUUGUGAACACAACACUGCACUAAGUGCCUGUGCAUGUGUGUAAUCAUAGCCAAUUGUUACAUUUAUAAUGUAAUAUUGUGCAGAAAAUCGUGAAUUUGCUAAGUUGCAAGACUUGAAGCCACAAGAGCAAAGUUCAGGUGAAAUCCACGUACUAACCAACUUGCAGCUCUCAUCGACAAUAGUAUCCGAGUUCCCUUUAUUCAUUUUUGUAAGAAACUGUUUUCAUUAACACUGUCAAUUGGUCGUCACUUGCAAUAAUUUCUUCAUAAUGACACCUGACCAGAUGAAUUUUUAUCCAACCCUAGAUUAUAUUGGCAUUACCAAGUCACGCGCGGCAGCUUACCACCUUUCAUGAAGAGAUAAGUGUUCAAUCAUUGCAUUCUACCGAUACCAACACAUAGGGCAGAAACUUGGAGGUUUACAAUGAAGCGAGGAAGGUAAGGAUCACGCAACAAGUGAUGGAACGAAAAAUAUGUGCGGGAUUUGCAAAAUAGCUGAAUUACUGCAAGGCCUGGACAACAUAGUUCCAAAAAUCAGUGUUUCAGUCUGUUAGUCUAAUAGCUUGUGCAACUGACUUAGUGUUCCAGCUAUCCAUUGGAUUAGAACCGCCGUGCUUUAGCAGAAGUUCACAUUUCUCAUAGAACCCAUGAUCCGUAAACUUUUGUGGCCGACUGCACAUUGCUGUACAUCUGGAGCAGUUCAUCUCUUUUCUAUGUAUCUAACAACUUCAUCAAUGCACGUAGCCGAGGUAAACUGUCUGUAAAUGGAAGCGUUGGCAGUAUUAUUUUAUGGAAUGCCCAUGUCAGUUGAGGUAUGAUUAUUUGAAGGUGCGAGCCAUUUUGUAGUGUACACAUUUAAAGUGCUGUUGCCAUCCUGAGGCCCAUCCUCAUUUUCCACAUUUUUUUUUUUUUUUUUUCUCUUGCGGUAGUCAUUUUAUUGACUGCCCCAUGUAUUGUGCCAUGCAUACAUAUCAUUGUUCCUGAAUUAGUAUUUUGUGCGGUUGAAGAGACAUGGCUGGCUUAUGCGCUCAUUUUGUGUUUACUGUCCUUGUUUGGCUAGAGUACUUGAGCAUUCUUUUCUUCUUUUACCUUUUUUUUUUUACGUGAUUUCAUUGUGUGCAUGGCAGAGACUUUAUCUUGUAUGAAAGUUUUUUUCCGUAGCUGGCUUUAGCCUAGAGCGUGGAUGCGUUGAAAUGGCACACAACAACGUUGCUGCUCUUGAUAGAUGACCAUUGAUAUAUAGUUGUUGCUGUUGGUUUGCUCCUGUUAAAAACAGUUAUAUAACGCAGUUGUUACAGAAUGCUUUCUUCUAAUCCUGAGCACCUGAACAUGACUGUGGCUCUCUUUUUCAAGCCAGGUUCUUGAUCAACUGCUCUAUGGAAUAGAAGAAUGACUUAAUCGUUAAAUGUUUGCACAGUCAGAACUCAUUUAUACACACAGUGAGACUCGCUUAUACCUGCUGCGGUGGCAUAGUCAGCUAAGGCGUUGCGCUGCUGAGCACGAGAUCGCGGGAUCGAAUCCCGGCCAUGGCGGCCGCAUUUCGAUAGAGGCGAAAUGCAAAAACACCCCUAUGCUUGCGUUGUAGUGCACGUUAAAGAACCCUAGGUGGUCAAAAUUAAUCCGGAGCCCUCCACUACGGCGUGCCUCAUAAUCAGAACUGGUUUUGGCACGUAAAACCCCAGAGAGAAGACUCGCUUAUAAUGAACCGAAUAAUACGGACAAUUUAUUUUUGUGUGGAUAGCUUAUAGUGUCUGGACUUACGAUAUAAAAGCACGUGAAAAGCAAAGAUAAGGCAGCUUGUAAAAAGUCUAGCAGCUGAUGGGAGAACAAGAUUCAGAAAUUGUUUUGUUAUAUCAUUGCUUCAUUAUAACUGUUGUCCGACUCUCACGGCCAACGAGGACGGGUGUUACCACCAGGUGAGCCAAAGCCAAUGCAAAUGCCUUUUCCGCACAAUGCUGAAGGCAUUCGAAAGAAAUGAAAAAAGAAAAACGAGCACCUAUGGUCAGUGCACUCUUACUGCGGCCACAAUGAACUGCCAUACAUGUGCAGUCAUGUCAACAAGUUCAUGACUUCGCUUCCUGCUCUCAUGCCCUUGCAUAACUUAUUUCAUUGAACAUACUGGCAGAGCACUCCAAGCCUCUGAUUUCGGUCAGUGCUCGUCACUGAAUGCGAACAGACGCUUCAUAACAUCAGUAGUAAAAGUACUUAUAUGCUCAUUUGCACUAUAAUAGAAGUUUGUUCAAUGUAACCAGUAGCUAUACGUGUGAUUGGUAUGAAGUGGUUUAAACUGCGCUGAGUAAAGGAGUUGUGACUGUGAAAAACAUUACCUUUUGUCCCCAUAGUUACUGCAUUUUUAUACUAUUAGUUCCUCACAAGCUGUAACGACCUAAAGUUGCUGAACAUCAGCAGGUGUUGUCCUUGACAAAAAGGCAGCGAGAUGCUUGUGAGAAUCUUAGUGCAAUAUCGUGCCAUAGUGCAUAGCUUGCACAUGGUACAGAUUAAACAUCUCUGGUGGCAACUGAAGUGCAAAUUGCAGGUGUGCAAGUUUAGAGUGUGAUGUGCUAUGUAAUUGGAUAUUUAACGACAAGUUGCACUCUAGGUCUUUUCAUCUUGUGCUGUACUUCUAACCAAAUCCUGUGAUAUUGCAGUACGCAACACUGUGUGCAAAAUAACUACAGUCACUUACAAGCUAAGAGCCUAGCAGAAGGUCGCAGGCUCGACUCCCGACUUCUGUAGCCGCACUUUCACAAGGGUGGAAUGCGAAAUCACUUGUCUUGCGUCCUAGCAUUUCAUACAUCUUAGUAGACCCUAGGUAUAGUCGCAUAGCCAGAGUGGGUGCCAGGCCCUACUGGUACAGCUAAAAAAAACUGCAGUAAAGACAUUUUUUGUCAUUUUUAACUAUUUUGUUAUUUUUAUUGUUAUUAAAGCUUUCUUGUUAUUUUUUAGAUGUAGUAAAAGAUUUCGGGGGGUGUUCGGUCAUCCGGACCCCCUCUAGCUGCACCCCUGCUUAGGUGGUCAAAAUUGUCAUGUAGCCUUUCAAUUUAGCAUCCGUCAUACCCCAAGUAUUGUUCUAAAAACAUCAGUCGCUCAGCCUUCCUUCCUAACGAUCCAUCCCUCCGUUCUCUUGAGGUGAUGUGAUGAUCAGAAUGUCCUGGGUGUGAAGCAUGCUAUUAAUGAGGACGUUUAUUUAUUUGUAUUGAAAUCAGCAUAUGCCUCCAUGCCAUACUUCACAUCAUACAUGUGUGCUUUUGCACUGUGCGCAUUCUUCAUCGCAGGCCCACCACCUGAUGUUCUGCUCUUACACUGGCCUCUGUGUGUUUUAAGGAUUUUUCUAAGCACGUUGUGUUAGGCAGCAGGUAUAGCACACAUUGGCAGUAAGAGCUUGUAAGUGGCUGUAGUUUAUUGUUGAGCCUGAAUGCCUACGUUGUGUACAGUACAAAAGUUAAUAUAUAUAAUGCGCAUGCUUGUGUGUUGAUGUAGCUUUUUGUUUGUGCAUUUGUACUUAUAUGUAAUGAGGGUAAUGCCUUUUCCUUUCUCGCGUGUGGCAGGGUAUUUGUAGAAAAGUAUGUCAGCAUUCCGUCUUUAGGUUUGUUGCUUUAUUAGCACAUUAGUCUUUAUUAGCUUUAUUAGUCUUUUGAAAUGUGGCAACGAAUUGACUAUGCCAGUGUUCCCUCAAAGCUUGGCUUGAGAAAAGCGUUGCAGUUGUGGAUUAGUGCUGUAAUGUGUCACUGUUGCCAAGAGCAGAGCUUUUUCUUGCAGUAAAAUUAUGUAAAUGUAGGAUAGGAUCGGCAUUGCCAUUGAUGUCAGCUCCCCUGACAUAGCAUUUCCCAUUUUUAAUUGGUAAAUUUUAGUUAACUGUUGAUGCUUGAGCAAAGCAAGUUGAAUUUAAACAUGAAAAGACGGGCAAGUUAAAAAAUUUAACUGGAUUUUAACUCACUGGUGCUGCCUGUUCACACUGCUCUGAUGGCAUCUUGAUGAGGAUGAUAUCCAAUGGCAUCACCUUUGAAUCUGGAUCGUGACAAACAUGGUUACAGAAGUGCAGCGCCCUCUCUGUGUGGACAUGUGACUAAAAGCAGGCGGUAGAACAUUGCCAGCAAAAGAAGUUAAUGACUUAGCAGUUCAACAUGCAAGUGCAUUUUGGCUUACUUUAUUUGAUUUGCCUACAAGAAAAUACUUUAUACUGUUUUUGAGCUCCCUUUUACAGGAAUGCAGUGUCCUCUGUACACGAGCAUUUGACUCGUAGAAGGUGCUAGCAUAGGUUGCCAAGCCAGCUAUGUAGAGAGCCAAUUAGUCUUGGGCGAUUUUAGUUGGAGAAUUGCGCAACAUCCUUCAGUCAUUAUUUUCUCUGCAGCUUUGUCAUCCAUAAAACAAAUGUUGCAGCAUUUCUAGAACUUUAGUCAAUCUAGAUGGACCCAUUGUUUGCAUUUAGUAUCCCCUUCAGAAAAAUAUGCACUCUAACAGGCAAGUUAGGCACCCGGUACAUGCCACAUUGACCAUGUGUUAGUUCUGAGAAGUUAACUAAUUUCUGAACCAGUCAGCCCGUCUAGUCAGUGGAUGUAUUAGUGCCAUUACUACUUGAACUAGUUAUUGUGAGAUGUAAAAAAAAAAGACUAGUCAUUCCUAAUGUCACUUGGGCUUUACAAGAAACUAGAAACGAAGCUCACUAGUUUCACACCAAAUAGUUACUACCUGCCAUUGUGGAAGAAAGGAUGAUGAAAUGUCUAUUGGAAGAUGAGCAAAACUAUCACUAUUGUGGUAGCAGUGAAGCAGACACUUGCAAUAUUGUCAUGCUGUCCCAUAGUAUUAUAAAAAAUUAUACACGACUAUGCAGUUCGUGGUGGUUAAUAGUAUUAACAGCGCCAUAACUUUCUGAACAGAAGGCAGUGAAUGUCGAUAGCAAUUUUUUAAACACACAGUGCAAUUAGUAAUGUGGUCUUAAAUGUUGUUGGUAUCUGUUCCUAAACAUACUAAGUGCUAGUUUGCCUACAUAACAACAUGUAGUAGUUAACAUUACAGACAUUUUUGUAUCACGACUGCAGUACUUACCAACACCACUGCCAUUUCAAGAACUUCUUUGCCUGUUAAACAGGAGACAUUGACAAUAGUAGAAGAAAGUUGUGUAUCUAAUUGGUGUGAUGGCAAUUUGUUUUUUGGCUUUGGAUGAUUGUCUAUUUUGAUCGCACUUUCUAGAAACUCAGCUUGCAUUCAAAUUGGUGUUUGCUGAAGUCAACUUUGAAAGCUUGUGUGACAUGCAUGCGCAUAUUCAUUGUCUUGAAAUUUUCUUGUUUCUGAGCAUGAAAAAUUGUAUGCAUCCUGUACUUCGAACUAACCGAUGCCUGAGCUACUAACUCGCGCGCGCCUGCUCUUCUCUAACCUACACCGAGAGCUUGAAAUGUAAAGGGACUCAUAUGUGCCUUGAUCUUUUGUCAUUGGUGUUGAAGCAUGUGUUCUUUUUUUUUUUUUCCUUCACAACAUGUGAAAUUCGAUUCACGAAUCGAAAUGCAUCACGCAAUCAGCAAAUUUUGCCAUGCAUCGCUGUGCAACACCAUCCUGUUGCUUGACAUCAACUCACACUUUUUCCAACACUCAGAUUUUCUUGUUUUUCUCGAUGAGGGGAGAGGGGGGAAAGGGAGCAAGAACGGGGGUGUGCAAAUUUGCCAGGCUACCUGUCAGUAAUGCAGGCUGAAGAGCGCGACCGCAGGAGGUAUGGUGGCAGUUCGAUUCGAGAACCGAAUGUUCACUGUUGCCAAAUUGGGCUUUGUAAUGCAGCGGGUCAGGAGAUUUGCCAUGUGUGCUCGAAUUUGUUACGACACCUGUGUCAUGUUCAUGGAGAUUAGUUGUUUAAAACAUUCGGGGAUGGACCUACUUCGUGUAGCAGAUGGCUUGUCAACAUCACAAGCCGGUGCAAAGCGCCAGUGAGUGUUGUCACCCCUGGACUCUGUAGGAACUGCCGCAUAUUGCUUGAUAAAUUCAAGCGCUUGCAGCACUGAGGCAUAAGUUCUCAUGGACCCUCGAGAGAGGGGAAACUGUCAAGCUGCUUGUGUAGUGCCCGCAACAUUUCUCAGUGACAGACACAUCAGCUCAGAUUGUGGGAGAACUUUGUUGCGGUGCGAAGAAUGGCGGGACAGGGAGCUGGCGAACUCGCGCACGCACUCGUGCCAGGAACCACUCGGCCGCAUGGAGGGCUCGAGCAAAAUGUGGAAGGGGAAAAUGAAGAGUCUGCUCAAGUCAACGGUGGCUCCCCUGAGAAGGAAAACGAAGCAAAAGUGGCUGACGAUGGUCCAGUGAAGAACAUCCACGUGGUGACAGAUGUCAUCAAGGCUGCCAAAGCCGAACAGCGUCUGCAGCAACUGAAGCGUCAAAAGCGGAGACCGCCUCCGGACGACACCGUCGAGAAGGACCUGGACUGCCCCGUCUGUGGCAAGCAGUUCACCAAAAGGUACUACCUGCAGCGCCACCUCCAAAUGACCGUCUGCUCGGGCAAGCCCCCGCCCUCUCACCCCUGCGAAGUGUGUGGAAAGGUUUACUCCCGUAAGGACAAUCUUCGGGAGCACCUGCGUGCACACGCCGGCGAGGUAACGCGGCGGAAGAAGUACAAGUGCGACCACUGCGGCAAGACCUUCCACGGCAUCUCGCUGCUCAAGAUUCACAUCCGUGUGCACACUGGCGAGCGCCCGUUCCCCUGCGACUUUUGCCAGAAGAGUUUCCCGUCGAUCACGGCUCUCAACAAGCACCGGCGCAUCCACACGGGGGAGAAGCCGUACGCCUGUGCCGAGUGCGGCAUGCGAUUUUCUCUCAAGGGGACGCUCAACCGGCACACGCGCAUCCACACGGGAAUCCGACCACACAAGUGUCCUUACUGUGGCAAAGAGUUCAUCCAGGGUGGCGGACUCAAGGCGCACCUGUUCCACCACACAGGCAUGAACGGCUUCAAGUGCACCGUCUGCGACAAGGUGUUCAACCGCAAGGCUCGGCUAGACCUGCACAUGAAGUACCUGCACCUCAAGGAAAAGCCGCACGUGUGCGAGGACUGUGGCAAGGGUUUCACGCGGCGCGAGGACCUGAACCGUCACUCUGUGCUGCACACGGGCGAGAAGCCAUUCCAGUGCCCGACGUGCCAUAAGCGCUUUGCCAUCAAGCCCUCGCUCAAGAUCCACAUGGUGACCCACACCAAGGAGGAGCCCCGGUCGUGCCAUGAGUGCGGCCGCGCCUUCAUCCGCAAGGAUUGCCUCAUGCGACACAUGCGCAAGCGCCACCGGGACCUGCUCGACCGCAUCCUGCUCGACGAGGAGGACGACCGCUUCGCCCCGACCCCCACCGCCACUCCGGGAGGCACGGCCAGCACGGACGGCGGCAACAAGCUUGGUGCCCAGGUGGGCGGCACUGUGGCCCGGAUCCUGUCCGAACAGGCUCUUUGCGAGAGCAUCCGCGAGCUGCUGGGCCUACUCGUUGAUGAGCCAACACUGAAAGGCUUUGGAUACCCGGACAAGCCCGUGGACGAACUGCUCGAAGCGGUCAUCCGUCGUUGCGGCCACAGCCCGGCUAGUCCCGAUGACUACAACUACAUGGACCGGCUGCGCGAGAACUCCAAGCUCCUCUUCACAGUGGUCAUUGACGACAAUGCCGUCAAGACUCUGCUCAAUAACCAGACUGUCGACGAGGUCAUUCUACACGUGUUGCGUCUCGCAAAAUCCUAGCUUCUCGUUGUCCUCUCCCCCAUCUCGUUUCGACUAACUGAAGGUGCACAGAAGCAAACAAAUCGUUUUCUAAUUGUAAUAGGAUGACGCUCACAUUGAUUGUGCAGGCUGAGCGUGUUUGAUUUCCACGUGCUGUCAUAAUGAAAGGGACCAUGAUAUGUUAGUACUAUGUAACUUUAACUGACUAUUUAGCUGACUGCUACUGCUGACAGUAGCAGUCAGUUAAAUACUGCCUUGGUAGUUUUCUGAAAACCCUUGGAACUUGGAAAAGCAUGAUGUCAGCGGUCUUGUUACACAUUGUUGCAACCGCAUUUCACGGUUUCUAAGAUUUGCGAGAGACUGCGCAUUUGUCACUGAAUAGCAUAACUUUUCCAGUCAUCACAUAAAAAUUCAUAACGAGUGUUGUCAGUCAUGCAGAUCGUAUUCGUUCUAGUCGUAAACACAUCUUGUGCCACUUUAUUGGCUCAUUAAGUGACCAUAGUUUACGAAACCAAAAGAAAGAAAGAAAAGGAACUGGAGCAAUGCUUGCAAACAAAUUUCGUCUCGCAUUAGGUUUUCUUCUGAACUGGAAAAUGGCAGUCACUGGCCGCUGACAUACCUUUUUGAGUGCCCAUAGGGUCAUGAAGUCACAAGAAAGCCGCCUACAGAAGAUAAACAUUGAUGUCAAGCUUAACAGAGAGCUCGUAGCAUGCACUACGAUGCCGCAAAGUGGAUUUGCUUCUUUGCACCCUCACUCUCCUGUGCUUUGAGCACCGUGUAUUCUUGUCUUCACUCUGUCUCAUACUUUAUUACUGCAUUGCACAGUGCCCAUGCUUAGCUGGGCAUGAACGGAGCAGCAAAUGGCUGGAAAUGUGCUAGGUCUUGUCGCGAGUCCUGUAGGUGCGUUGUGUAUGCCAGGGGAGGGGGAGAAUCGGAUCUACCAACAUGAAGAUUGACACGAUCAUGGGCACGCACAAUCUACAUCUGCCUGGUAGCCCAAAUCGUACGAAAAAACUAACUGCAUUCUCUCCCAUUGGAAGUUUUUGACUGUUGUGGCACAUUCCCAAAGACCUGUAGCAGAAGUUAAAGGGGUUACUGGGGAAGGCAAGGCAUCUCCAAGUCUGUGUCGGUAUUUUCUUGGCACUUUGGGAAAGGAGUGCGAGAGACACGAAGCGCUCUUCGUGCGUUUGAAGUGUCUGAUAGCAAUGUGGUAGUAAGGCAACUUUUGCACAACAUUAAGCGUGAGCACGCCAGCCCACAUAGUAAGUGGGCUCUAUGUGAUUUUUGUCGGCAGUGUGGGGAAAGCCUGACUUGACAGGUAAUGUGAUGUGCCAGCCAGUGAGACUGGAAUAUUACUCCAAGAAGAAAGUGCUGGAUGUGCCCAUGCUAGUGAAAUUGAGAUGCCCAAACUUGUGCCUUACCGUUACGGUGCUUCAAUGUUUGUCAUGGUUUUCCUCAUUGAGACUCUUUUUUUUUUUUUUUCACAUGCGAUGUAGUGAAAGUUGUGAAAUUAAGUCGUUCAUUGUGUUUCCAUGCCACAAUUGUAGUACAACCUUCAUUUUAGCAUUCCUCCCUCAAAGCAGGGGGUGGCGGGUGGGUGCAGUGAGUAACACUUGUUUUUCCUUGAAGUCGUGAGAUUAACAAUACCUUUUCUUUCGGUAAUGGCUAACAUGGAAAUGGCAGUAGGGUCACAGCUAGUGGAAGCUACUAAAAAUUUCGAGAUUUAGAAUUGCUGGUAAUGUUCCAGACAACUUUUGCCCUUGACGACUACAAGCCUAUUUUUUACUCCUCACUUUCAGUCUAGCCAAAUGGCACUUGCUUAAGGAAAAGCAGGCCUGCUUAUUUCUGGGGCAAAGCACUGCUCUUGAAUACGGGAAGCUUAAGCCGAGUAUUGCACAGCCACGACACAGAGCAGCUAAUAAGUAAGCCUAAGCGAACCAGUCAGUAACUAUUACUAGUUCGAAGAAAUUUAGCAUAAAACAAAAGCAAAAUUUUUCUAUGAAUGCUACCAAUUUCUGGUUCAAAGUGCAGUUGUUUAAUGGAGUCUUACGAUAGCUUCAGUAAUUUACUAAUUUAGCUUUACACAAGAUCUGUUAUUCAUAUUGGAGGUUAGUGCGAAACGAACACAACGCAGAAACUAGCACAGGUUUGUCCACCUCACCAGUAGUUGGCCCUAUGUAACAUUCUUCAACUUUGAGGGGGACAUGUAGCCAGUGCUACACCUAGAACAUGCAUCUGUUAAAAGAUUAGCUUGCAGGUUCUCAUGCGAAAUUUAAGUUGCUGUGAAUACUAAUGAAGUCUUGUACAUGAGGGCAGAGGUUAUCCAAAUAUGAAGUUGAAGAUUAAAGUUACUUGUUGUAUUGUAUUUUGAAAUUCCUGAGGCUUUCACUAUCUUAUCCCACUCUUAUGAUUGAUGCGGCAUGCAGCCAUUAUCACCUCUGCAUCUCAUGCCUUUCAUACAGCACAAUCCACUUUUAAUUUUAAAAAUAAGCCAUGAGUACUGCAAUAUUUCUUAAAUAUCUGGAAAAUGUGGCUGGUAUGACAUUAGAAAGUUGCGUAUGUGUAAUGUAAUGUGCAGGCCUUCAUGUCAGAUACCCGCUGUCGUUAGUUGUGCAAUUUUGAAUAGGUGUUCUGUUUAAGAGUAGACAAGACUGUAAGAGGAUUGGGCACAGAGCGGUGGCCAAACUUUCAUUGCCUCAGUUCUUUGAUUGUUGACAGCAGAGUAUAAGGUAAAUAAGUCUGCAGCUCCUAGCAAGGAUUAAAACAAGUACUGUGAGUUUUGGCUCAUAUCCUAAUUGAGAGUUGUGAAACAUGCGUACAGUGUUGAAAUGACAUGUGAUUAUUAUCUAAUCACUGAUAAGCGCCGAGUGGUGCUUCACAGUUAACAUCCUCUGCUGAAAAUUACUGCUGCAGGCUGGGAGCGCUGUUCAUGUGAGAGUUUUCUUGAGCAGAUUAACAAUAUGAAUAUCGAUUUCAGGGCUAGGGAAAGUUAAACGUAGAUACUAGCUUUGUAUCAUUUGAGCAGCAUCUUUCCAUUGUAACCACAUUGCUAACUUUUACUUGUUUUUAAUUUUUGCCAUUACUGUCUCAUGUUUUUAUCAGCUUCUGCAAGGCAGUCAACAGUACCUUUCAUCUGUUUGAUGCGGCAAAUGUGUGGUUAGCAGUUAGUUGCGUCGAUCAUUGUUGAAGAUUUUAUAUAUACAUUACAUUGUUGUCGGGCAGCACGAGAAGCACAUCGGUAUUUUACCUAAGCUAAAAAAGAAAUUGUUACGACAGCUUUUGUGCAUCAGUCUUUGCGUAGCGGAACAGCGGUGUGUCUCUUCAGGGGGGGCACCAGCCUCUGCAUUUGUCCAAUGUUGCCACACGUAGCCUUAUACAGAGAGUCGCGCAAAAGUGUUAAGAAGUCAGGCUGUGCCUUAUUUUCUGUCUGCAGUGUAAGAGGAAGCUUCGGCUCAGGUCUGACUACGACUUUCAUGUUUAAUCACGGGAGAAAUGCCGUAAAUACUUUCAUUAGGAAAUGAAGUCUAAUUCUAGUGACUAGAUGUAUGCGGAAUGUCACAAAAAUUUCGAAAAUUGUAGGUUUCUUUUUAGUAAAACGGCGCGUUCUUAAAAUUCUGUAACUCUGCAAUACACACUGGUAUCGAAGCUUUGUGAACAGCUGAUGAUGCUUAAACCGGAUGAAGUCAUUUUGCACUACUGUGUACACAUACACUUGUGUCGGUUAAUAAGCAUUUUCAGGAAAACUUCGACUUGCGGGACAUGGCGAAGUCUAAAGCCUGAUGUUCAUGCUGUAGCAGGUGCAGUAUGGAAAAUCGCUAUAUACAUUGUCAUAAGGCUGUGCAGUUGUGGACUCGGCAUUUGAGGUCUUCAUCCACUAAAAUAAUCAAGGACGCCAAGAACAGUUCAGCUCUAAUCAGUCACUGGAAUUUAAUUUCAUUCAAAUGCUACAAAGUUCAUUAUUCAGACCGUUUCAGGGUCCGCAUAAUGGUUGGGUUUCCCAUUAAAUACAGUAGAAGCUUGUUAAAUGAAACUUCAAGAGACCCAAGAGAUAUGUUCUGAUAAACAUGAGAUUUGUUUACCGAGAUAGAUGUGAAGCCCUAUAUGUCAUACACCCUCUUAAUGCAAGUAGUGAAUGUAGAAGCUAGUUGAGAAAAAGAAAAAAUGACAAGGUGUAUAGCAUUCAAAAUUUUAUGUUGCUGCUUUUUGAGAGUAACUUUCUUCACGAAAGACAGGUGUUGCAAAAGUAAUUUGAAAUCCUGGUUCUCUUCGAAAAAAAGUCAUUUAGAUCUUUAUUCUGCAUUUCCAUAUAUAUAGAGUUGCAUACAUUUUGGUUCUUAUUAAGGAAAUUGUUUUUACAUUGUUCAAAUGUGAAACCAACCAAUUAAGAGCAUGCCGUUUACCAAGAUUCUACUGUACUUGAAUAGUGAAAUUGGUAGUAUGGCUUGAAGCUUGGGGCUUCCUCGUAAACUGUUACUUAUGAUCAGCUUUGGAUGGUCAGUUGUUGUGUUUCUGUUGUUGCACCUGGGUCGGCCAGCAACAGCCAAGCGCCGGCAAAUUUUACAUUCCACCAUUAGCCCCUUUGGUGCCCUUUGCACGUUUUAGACAGCAGCGGUUGUAACCUUCUGCCCUAAGCCAUCAUCUGAAUGGUACCAGUGCCCUCAGAAUGUAUCUUGGAACAUCAAUAAUAUUUGCUGGCGGGUUAGUUGGUGAUGCAUUCUUCGUACUAUGAAGACUUUAGAACAAGUGCCUUGCGAAUUGUUUCACAGAGCCCUUGUCUGCUCGUGCACACAGCUAGAAUCAUGUCAUAACAGAUGAGAGAAAUGAACCAUCGUUUUUCUUCGCAUUUUCAUGAUUUAAUUCCGCACUUAGUUUUUCUCUCACUCUUUUGUGAACUCGUUCUGCAAGCAUUGCGAGUAGUUCUGCAUUGUCUCAUGAAAAGUUAUGUUAUGAUGUAAAUAGUCGAUAAGAAAUGGUGUCAAGAAGUCAUUGUGUGCCUUAUUACAAGAUACGCUGGAUUUCAUGUGUUUGUCUUAAUACAGAUUUCCAAGCAGUAAUACUUGCACGAGCUUUUCAUAUUUCAUUGUCUUCUUCGCUACUGUCAUUGUGUGCGCUUCUCACAUUGCCUUUUCUCUAUUUUCCAACCCUUGUACCAAUUUUACAUGAAUUGUGAACUUUUUUUUUUUUUGCACAUCAAUCAUUCUUUGCUGUAUGGAAAUAUAUAUGAAGAGCAUAUUACUGUACCUGUCCUGGUGUGGCCCCUUGGUUUAGCUGACACAUAAAAGGGUGCAAGUAUUUUGUCUUG